AUGGACGCGUUCCGUGACGCGCUUUCAGAAAACCACUUUAACCUUCUGAGGAGCGAUUUUCCAGAUUUCACCAUCACAGCCAGCCUCCCUGCGAUUCUGAUUGUGCGAUCCUUCAAUUCGACCAUUUCCGGACUUGCGUUGGGCUUCUCUGUAAUGUCUAGCGACUUCAAAAAGUAUCUGGCGACAGAGAUACUGUCGGAGCAGCGGACCGUUUCUUACCGCAAUGUUUCCCGCGCCUUGAAAGUCCAUGUCAAUGCCGCCAAAUGCAUGCUGUACGAGUUCCACGAACUCCAGAAUGGGAAGAAGCCAGGAUCAGUUUAUGCUACAUAUCUCCUGUCUGGGGUGAAGAAGCGACAGCCCCUCGUGGGACAGGAAGCCCUGAACGGCCACAAACAAGAGGAAUUCGAAGAUGAACCGAUCCCUUCCAGCCCUCCUCCUUUUACCAGUUCGAUGCUCGAACCAAGCCAGCAGAGCGAUCAAGCCGCAGAAGAACAACCCCCACAAGCAAAAGUACGGACGGUCACGCUCGUAAGGGAGGAGAGUCUUGAAGAAAUCAAGGAACAAUACCAAACCAUCAGCUCGAUACACAUUUACAGCCUGUCCCCGGCCCGAAUACAAGACCUUGUAAGCCUGACGGACGUAGGCCGAGGUCUGUUCACGGACGUGUUUGCGAAGGAGGACCCACUGGAGCACGGUAAACAAUACGGCAUCAUACAGAACCCCAACGUGAGAAGGCGGAAAGGCAAGAGACCGGUCAUUUCUCAAGGUCCGGCUGCCAGAUUUCAGCCGGUCAAGGACGAUGCAAAAUCCUCGCGCACAUCCACGCAGUCGAGCACGCAGCAGAAACAGCCUGCCAAAGCUGCAGAUGGCACGCCGGAGGAAUCAUCCCGACCUAGUUCUCGGGAUAGUACGUCCGCCAACAGCACCUCGAACAAACAGCCAUCACUCCGACGUGGAGGGUCAGAUCUGUUCAAGGCAUUUGCGAAGCAAAGCACACAGAAGCCGAAAUCGUCACUUGUCAAAGAAGACUCUGACACCGUCAUGAAGGACGACGACGACGAGGAGGAUGAGGAGGGAGAGUCAGAAGACGACGCCUUGUUCUUGGACACUGGGAAGCGCACGACGAAGAAGAGAGCAAGUGAUGUGAAGAAGGAACGAGAAGACAAGGCCGCCAAGCUGCGGAAGAUGAUGGACUCGGACGACGAGGCUCGCGAGCCUGCAGUCCCCAACGUAGAAAAAGCCGCGACUUCGCAAGCGCCAGGCACAAACGCCGCGAACGAAGACGACCAAGACGAAGAAGUAGUCGCGUGGUCAGAUUCGGAUACGGAGAAACAGAGACAAUCUGCACCCAAGAAGGACGCGUCCACACGGAAGGAGGGCGACCAGAUAUCCACCUCCACUCCCCCUGACGGUGCCGGUGCCGCCGCCGCGGAACCGAAGAGGCGCAGAGGCAAGCGCAAGGUCAUGAAGAAGCGGACCAUGAAGGACGAGGACGGGUACCUGGUCACGAAAGAGGAGAUGGCGUGGGAAAGCUACAGCGAGGACGAGCCGGAGCCUGCUCCCGUCAAGAAGGCGGCGCCAAAGGGCAGCAGCAGCAGUGGUGGUGGUUUUUUCGGGACAGCCAAGCCGCAAAGCCAGAGCGCGAGUCAGAAAGGUGGUGGUGGCGGCGGCGGCGGCGGUGCCAACAAAGCAGCACCGAAGAAGGGCGGGAACAUCAUGAGUUUCUUUGGGAAGAAGAACGCUUGA